AUGCCAAUUCCGCAUUUCCUAAAUGAUCUCAGACGCACAGAAACCGAAGUUUCGAAAGAUGCUCAGAACGAAGACGAAUUCAACACAAUCUUUGAACCCUUCAAAAAAGCCAUCAGCGCAAUCGGCUAUACACCUAUUGCACUUCAGAUACAGCAAAAACAUACACCGGAACUUAGCAAACCGUCAAAGGGAUAUGAAGCUUGUAUAAAAGGUUGUUGUAUACAAAUCGAAAAUAUGCUAAGCGAAAAUGAAUCGGAAAUCAAGUACUUUUUAGGAAUGUUCAAUGUUCAUUCAGUAUAUGUAGGAACUAUCAGAAAUUACAUCGACGUUGGGACUUUUUCUGACAAAACGAGAAGAACGAUAGAGCAUAAUGUCGCCGUAUAUUCCACCUUAGCUACCCUGCACAGCUCUAGUACGCCAAGAGCAUUUUCGCAAAUCUCACGCGGCGUUACAGUUCCUAGCCAAUUUCUCGAAGUGGGAGGGGGUUGCAAAAACUUCUGGGAUCGUGAAGCGAAUAAUUUAGAUUGGUAUAAGAUUGUGCUUGAUACCGGUAGAACCAGAGGCACAAUUUUGAAGGAAUGUACUGCAGGGUUCUUUGCGAAGCAUGCAAAUGACCUCUUUAGGUUUGGCGACAGCAUCUCGGAUACGUGUGGUGCGACGAGCAACUUCUCUGUUUAUAAAAUUGAUUACAGUAAACGCGAUAUCGUUAGAAUUGAGUUCUCGUCAGACAAAUCCAAUUCAGAUACAACGGGAUCAGAAACAACUAAAACGACUGCACCAGAGCCGAAGAAAAAAACAAUAGAUGGAUCCAAUUCCGCUACGCCCAUAGCAGUUACAUCCAGAUCAGAUAAACCCAUAGCGAUCUCACCACACCCAAAGAAACCCACACCAGAUGGAUCAAAGGCAACUACAUCCAAAGCAGCUAUAUCCAUACCAGUCAGACCCAAAUCAGUUACACACAGAUCAGAAAGAUCAGAAAGAUCAGGUAGAUCCAAGGCGGCCCCAUCAGAAGCAGAUAAAUCCACGUCAGAUACAACCCCGUUAAUCAAACAUAGAUCAGAUAGGCCCAAAUCAACUCCAUCAAAAGCAGCUAGAUCUGGCCAAGAAACUAUCAAAGCAGCUAAAACACAGUUUGAUAAAUCUCUACACAAAUUAGAUCCACGCAAACUUAAUUCCAGACAACAUAAAGGCUACAAGGAACUCGAAGGAAGCUAA